UUUGCCACGCUCGACACACAUGACGACCAAGGACGCAUUCACCAAGGCAGUGGACUGGGUUGAGACACAUGGCUUCGUCGUAGGGGUGGCUGUGAUUGCCGUGACAGGGGUCGGCCUCGGCUUUGCCACCGAUUCCACCGACAACAUCCCCCAACCAUACAACCGCAUCUCGUCCGUGAUCGGGUGGGUCUACUUUGCGUGCUGGAGCGUGAGUUUUUGGCCCCAGGUAUUUUUGAACUGGCGCCGCCAAAGCGUAGUGGGCUUGUCCUUGGACUUUUUGGUGUACAACAUCCUUGGCUUUGUGUGUUAUGCAGUCUUCAACGCGGCGUUCUUCUGGAGCGAUGCCGUGCAAGACGAGUACAAGAAGCACCACGACGGCAACCCGAACGCUGUCCAAGUGAACGACGUGUUCUUCGCCCUACAUGCUGUGUUUGUGACGCUGCUCACGUACUACCAAUCCACGAUCUACACCCGCGGGGCCCAAGUCACGUCCGGGCUGUGCAAGAGUGUGGUGGGGGUGUCGGUCGUCGCAAGUGGGCUCUUCUUCCUGCUGGGCUUCGUCGUGUCGAACGAAUGGUUCUCCACCCUCAACUUCCUCUACCUCCUCAGCUACGUCAAGCUUGGCGUGUCGCUUGUCAAGUACAUUCCCCAAGUGAUCUUGAACUACCAGCGCAAAUCGACCGUGGGAUGGACCAUCUGGAAUGUCCUGUUGGACUUCAGCGGCGGCAUCCUGUCGAUGGCCCAGAUCAUCCUCACCAGCUCCGUCACGAACGACUGGACAGCCAUCACGGGCGACCCCGUCAAGUUUGGGCUCGGGUUCACCAGCGUCUUCUUCGACGUGAUCUUUAUUACCCAGCACUACGUGCUGUACCCCGACGCCCCCGCCGACUUGACGGUCGAGGUCCCCCUACUUCUGAAAGUUUAAGUGUUUUGAUUGUACUACUUGGGUCGAUAGGUAAACAAUAGGACACACGGAUGGAUUAUCCCCCCAUCAUUGCUUGAUAGAAUACAUCGCCAAUCAUAACGUUGCCUGGUGUCCAUGGCUGUGCUCGC